AUGUACGACCCGACACACGGGCUGUUCAAGCUCCCGACCAAGGAGGAGAGGGUCAUCAUGCGGGCCGGCGCCCCUCUCAACCCUUUCAAACUCUGCGCCAUGCUGACUCCGAUGCAGUGGGCCAUGUUCUUCAGCGGAUGGCUCGCUUGGACGAUGGACGCAUGGGACUUCUUCAGCGUCUCGCUGUCGGUCUCGGCCCUCACCAAGGAGUUCGAUAAGCCGACCAAGAGCAUCACCACGGCCAUCACUCUCACGCUCCUGUUCCGCUCGGUCGGCGCGGCCAUCUUCGGUGUCGUCUCGGAUCGGUACGGACGCAAGUACCCUCUCGUCAUCAACCUGCUCCUGAUCGCAGCACUCUCGCUCGGCUCAGGUUUCGUCCAGACCUAUUCCCAGUUCCUUGCCGUCCGAUCGCUGUUCGGUAUUGCCAUGGGCGGGAUUUGGGGAGGCGCCACUGCCACCGCUCUUGAGAACAUGCCGCCGGCGCCCCGUGGCCUCUUCUCCGGCAUCCUGCAGCAAGGGUACGCCGUCGGCUACCUCUUGGCUGCUUCGGUCAACCUUACCUGGAUCGAGGAGAGCCACAACUGGCGUAUCCUCUUCUUCCUCGGAGCCGGUCUCUCGGCCCUUGCUGCUGCCUUCCGGAUGCUUCUGCCCGAGAGCGAGCUCUUCCUCCAGCAAAAAGCCGAAAAAGACGCGCGCGACGACAGCGGCGAGAGCAAGGCCACCAUCUUCCUCCGCGAGCUCAAGGUGAUGCUCAAGACACACUGGCUGCGAUGCAUCUACGGCAUCCUCCUCAUGACCGGCUCAACUUCUCGUCACACGGGCGCUUCGGUUCACUUUUCUGACAUCGAGCAUCUCUGCAUCCUUUUCCCGUGUCUGGGCGACCCGCGAUCCGCCACUACAGGUAGCCAGGACCUUACUCCAGUCAUGCUCAAGUCGUCCAAGCUCCUCUCGGCCGACCAGGCGAACAAGGCAACCAUCAUCGCCAACUGCGGCGCCAUCACUGGCGGUUUCAUCGCAGGGUACAUCUCGCAGUACCUGGGUCGACGCCUGACGAUCAUCAUGUUCGUCAUCUUCACCGGCGUCAUGAUUCCUGCCUGGAUCCUUCCCAACAGCUUCAGCGGCUUGGCCGCUGGUGGCUUCUUCAUGCAGGUCGGCGUCCAGGGCGCCUGGGGUGUGAUCCCGAUCUACCUCAGCGAGAUUGCUCCUCCUGCUUUCCGCGCCACCUACGCCGGUCUGGCCUACCAGCUCGGCAACGCGGCGUCUAGCGCUUCGAGCCAGAUUGAGGCCACGGGCGGCGACAACCUCAAGGAGCGCAACCCGAUUUGGACUCCCAACAGCCCUCCCACCGUCGAGGAAUUCAUCCCCGCCUACGCAAAGGUCUCGGCGAUCCUGAUGGGCACAGUCUGCGCCUACCUUCUCAUCGUCGUCACCUUUGGCUGGGAGUAUCGAGGAGUCGAGUUCGCUGAGGCUGCGCCGGCCACGGUGCCCGGCGCGGGCAAGCAGGACGGCCACGACCUCGAAAAGUCGGCCUAUACCCACGAGACGCCGCGCCACAAGCCCAUGGAGGACGAGGCCUCGAUCGAGCACGUCGACGACAAGGUCAUCUCCGGGGAUGCUUCGCCCGGCAGCGACAAGAAGCGUUGA